CUUUCUUUUCUUUUUUCUCUCUCUCAUUUUCUUUUUCCUUCGCAUUUUCCCUCAUUUUCUCGAAAAGAAUCCCUCGAGCCAAACGGACUUUAAAAAAAAAACAAAGGGAAAGGAAAAACGAAAGUGGAAAGAGAAUCUUCGUAUUCUUCACCUUUUUUCCACCUUUACUCUCUUUGUCUCUUUUGCUUCACCAACCUAGUCGCCAUUUUUGUUCCCCUAGUUUCAGUCGAUUUUUUCAAAAAAAAAUUUAAAUAUAUUUUUUAAUCUCUCUUUGUCUCUUCGAUUUCAACUUUGUCUUUUGGUUUAAAACUGAACUGCAAAGUUGCUUCUAACCUGAUUUUUUGAAGGAAUUCUCUUUUCGAGUUUAGAUUUUCGAAGUUCGUCGCUAAUGUGAAAUGCGGGGUUAGCUGUGAUCGAGCUAGGGUUUUUUGGAAUGAACCAAGUGCGUUGAAAAGGGGGAGAGAGAGAGCCAAAGCAAAAGAGGUUUUGGUUGUUUGUUUGCGGUUGCAUUGAGGGAAGUGAUGGAGUUGAGUAGGGUUUGUUUGGUUGAAAAGUCAGUUAUUAGUAAAUGCUGAAGACGGAAAGGAUGGCUGCGGUGACGGCGGAGCAGUCGAGGGUGGCGGGUGUACCGGAGAGGGACAUUGAGUUGGCCAUCACUGCCCUUAAAAAAGGAGCGCCAUUGCUCAAAUAUGGUCGUAGAGGAAAGCCCAAAUUUUGUCCCUUCAGGCUGUCCAAUGAUGAAUCUGUUCUAAUAUGGAUCUCUGGAAAGGAGGAAAAAUACCUUAAACUAAGCCAUGUCUCCAGAAUCAUACCUGGUCAGCGAACACCAAUAUUUCAGAGGUAUCCUCGGCCUGAAAAAGAAUACCAAUCAUUUUCUCUUAUAUAUAAUGAUAGGUCACUAGAUUUGAUUUGCAAGGAUAAAGAUGAAGCUGAAGUCUGGUUUACAGGUCUAAAGGCACUGAUAUCACGUGGUCAUCAUCGGAAAGGAAGAGCUGAAUCAAGAAGUGAUGGAGUUUCGUCUGAAGCUACUAGUCCUAGAGCACAUACCCAAAGAAGUUCGCCUCUGAGCUCGCCAUUUGGUAGCGGUGGUAGUUCACAGAAGGAUGGGAUGGAUCCCCUUCGCCUUCAUACUCCACAUGAGAGUCCUCCUAAAACUGGUUUAGAGAAGGCUUUAUCUGAUGUAAUGUUGUAUUCUGUGCCUCCGAAGGUGUUAUAUCCUUCAGAAUCUGCUUGUGGAUCAAUCCAUUCUCUGUCAUCAGCAGGCUCAGAUGGAGCAGCUGGGCGCAUGAAAGGUGUGAAUGGCGAUGCUUUCAGAGUUAGUUUAUCAAGUGCUGUAAGCUCCUCAAGUCAGGGGUCUGGUCAAUAUGAUGGUGAUGCUUUAGGGGAUGUUUUUAUAUGGGGUGAAGGCACUGGUGACAGUGUAUUGGGUGGGGGAAUACAUAGAAUUGGAAAUUCCUGUGGUGUUAAGAUGGAUUCUCUUCUGCCUAAAGCUUUGGAAUCUGCUGUUGUUUUGGAUGUUCAGAACAUAGCUUGUGGUGGGCAACAUGCUGCUUUGGUAACCAAGCAAGGAGAGGUUUUCUCUUGGGGAGAGGAAUGUGGUGGUAGAUUGGGGCAUGGUGUGGAUUCUGAUGUCUCCCAUCCAAAACUUAUAGAUUCUCUUAAAAAUAUAAAUGUUGAACUCGUAGCAUGUGGGGAGUACCAUUCUUGUGCUGUAACACUUUCUGGUGAAAUGUACUCAUGGGGUGGUAGUUCUUGCAAUUUUGGUUUACUUGGCCAUGGAUAUGAAACAAGUCAAUGGGUUCCAAAGAAAUUAAAUGGACCUUUGGAGGGAAUACAUGUUUCAUCAGUGUCCUGUGGACCAUGGCACACAGCUGUUGUCACUUCUGCCGGACAAUUAUUUACUUUUGGUGAUGGAACAUUUGGUGUUUUAGGACAUGGAGAUCGUAAAAGUGUUUCUGUACCCAGGGAAGUGGAGUCCCUUAAGGGCCUACGCACUGUGCGAGCAACUUGUGGUGUUUGGCACACUGCUGCUGUUGUUGAAGUUAUGGUUGGCUCUUCGAGCUCCAGUAAUUGCUCUUCAGGAAAACUUUUUACUUGGGGGGAUGGUGAUAAAGGUCGUCUUGGUCAUGGUGACAAGGAAGCUAGAUUGGUGCCCACUUGUGUUGCUGCACUGGUUGAGCCUAACUUUUGUCGUGUUGUCUGUGGGCACAGCAUGACUGUUGCACUAACAACCAAUGGCCAUGUCUAUACUAUGGGUAGCCCUGUUUAUGGGCAAUUGGGGAAUUCUCAAGCUGAUGGAAAACACCCUGUCCGUGUUGAGGGAAAGCUUACAAAGAAUUUUGUGGAAGAAAUAGCUUGUGGUGCUUACCAUGUUGCUGUUUUAACUUCAAGAACUGAAGUUUACACUUGGGGAAAGGGUGCAAAUGGACGAUUAGGUCAUGGGGAUACUGAUGAUAGAAGUUCUCCAUGUCUUGUUGAAGCUCUAAAAGACAAACAGGUCAAGAGUAUUGUUUGUGGCACUAGUUUUACUGCAGCUAUCUGUCUUCAUAAGUCAGUCUCCAGUAUUGAUCAAUCGAAAUGUUCUGGCUGCCGCCUUUUGUUCAAUUUCAAAAGAAAACGUCAUAACUGUUACAAUUGUGGACUCGUAUUCUGCAAUUCAUGCAGCAGUAAGAAGUCUUUUAAAGCUUCCAUGGCACCAAACCCUAACAAACCUUUUCGUGUCUGUGAUAAUUGUUUUGCCAAACUCACAAAAGCUUCUGAAACCAACUCUUCAACCCAUUAUGCUCUGAGUAGAAGAGGGAGUAUGAAUCAGGGACUAAAUGAAGGUGUUGAGAAGACUGAGAAGUUGCAUUCAAGAACCCAUGCCCAACUCAGUCGAAAUGGUUCCAUUGAAUCAUCUAAAGAAUUGGAAGGUGGAUCUUCUAAAAGAAACAGGAGAUUGGAUUUUAAUAGCACUCGAGUUUCACCUUUUCCGAAUGGAGUUUCUCAAUGUGCUCCGCCAAACAGUUCCAAAACUUCGAAUGCUUUAUUUGGGUCAUCCAAGAAAUUUUUCUCAGCUUCUCUUCCUGGAUCACGGAUUGUAUCUAGAGCGACAUCACCUACCUCUAGACGAUCUAGCCCACCUCGUGCUACAACACCAACACCAACUCUGUCAGGGUUUGCAUCAAUGAAAGUUGUUGUGGAUGAUGCUAAAAGGACAAAUGAUGGUCUAAGUGAAGAAGUAGUUAAAUUAAGAACUCAGGUUGAGGAACUUACACGCAAGGCACAACUUCAAGAAGUUGAGCUGGAAAGAACAACUAAACAGCUGAAGGAAGCCAUAGCAGUAGCAGCAGAAGAGACUGCAAAAAGCAAAGCCGCAAAGGAAGUCAUAAAGUCACUCACUGCUCAAUUGAAGGAUAUGGCUGAAAGGUUACCAAUUGGAGCAGCAAGAAGCAGCAAUUCACCGUCCUUUUGUUAUUCUAGUUCAACUCCACCUCGGGAUGUUUCUUCUGCAGGCAAUGAGCAAUUGGGUGGUCCCAUGAGUUGCCAUGAAAUAGAUUCAAAUGGAUCAAACAGCCUUGUGAUCUCUAAUGGCUCAGGAUCUAGUAAUCAGCACCUUUCAAUUCACACGGAAGUAUCUCAUUUGGAUGGAACAGCAAGGAAUAGGAACAGAACUACAAAAGUUGAACCCACACAUGGGGAUGAAUGGGUUGAGCAAGAUGAGCCUGGUGUAUAUAUUACCCUUGUUGCAUUGCCUGGAGGUGUUAAAGAUCUUAAGCGUGUUCGGUUCAGUCGGAAGCGUUUCAGUGAAAAGCAAGCAGAACAGUGGUGGGCGGCAAACAGGGCUAGAGUAUAUCAGCGGUAUAACGUCCCCUUGGUCGACAAACCUAGUGUUGGUGUGGGGAGGGAAGGGUUAGCUCAUUGACCUGCCGGAUUCAAGGAUUCAGGGUUUCAGAAUCUGAAGUUUGUUGUAUUCCAGGUUUCGGCUUUUGAGACCGGUAAGGCAGCAAGGUAAGGAUGCCCUCAAUUUUGUUUUAGUUUGCGGGGGUGUGUAGUAAUUUGUUCACGCAAUCUUUUGGCUUUGGGCACCUUUAAUUUUCUCUGUAAAUGUAUCUUUGUUUUUUUUUUUGGUUUUCUUUUCUUUUUCCCCUCUAGGAGAGAAGCGCUGUGACGGUUGGUAGAAAUGAUUGAAUUCUUUGUAAGUAGGCUGCGGCUGCGGGGCUUUGUAUUCAAAAAACUGAUUGUAAAUGCCAUAAGAAAUUACUAACGAUUAAGAUUGUUUGUAUAGCAUUCA